AUGUUUAUUACAAACGCGUUGUUCCUUAGUGCUGUUGUAACUGGGACUUUUGCCGCAACUACCACUAAAAGUGGACUUGCACCUCAGUUUUCUCCUGUCUUUCCUUCUAAUAUGCCCAAGGCAACAGAUGUAGUAACUUCAUAUAAUGCUGGUCCUUACGAUACUUCCUCUACUUUGUCUACUGCUCAAUUAGAAGGCUAUCCAGAAGUUUGGAAAUCUCCUCCUACCAAUUCAAAAGAAGUAAAGAAAGUCUAUGAUAUGAUCGAUUGGAGUAAGGUCCCUAAGGCUCCUGUAAGAAAGCAAGACGCAAAUGGGAAUUGGAAAAGUAAUUCUGAUGGUCCCUCUGAUCCUUACUGUUGGUGGACCUCCACAAAUUGUCUUGAACCUAAAGCUUCUUAUUUGCCUGAGGAUAUCUAUACUUGUCCCAAUGAAGGUGAUUGGGGCUUGAAUUAUGACGAUGGUCCUUUUAACAAACGUGAUGAUAAAUACGCUGAGGAGGAGAAUCCUUAUGCUGAACCCGCUCUUUAUAACUUUUUAGCUGAAAACAAUAAUCAAAAGGCUACACUUUUCUAUAUUGGUUCUAAUGUAGUCACUUACCCUGCUGCAGCCAAACGUGCUUUAAAUGAUGGUCAUCAACUUUGUCUUCACACCUGGUCUCAUCCUCCUAUGACAACUCAAACAAAUAAACAAAUUGUUGCUGAAUUGUAUUGGAAUCUGAAAGCAAUCAAAGAAGCCACAGGUGUGACAUCUAAAUGUUGGAGACCUCCUCAGGGUGACGUUGAUGAUCGUGUUCGUGCUAUUGCUUGGCAAAUGGGCUUAAGAACCAUUCUUUGGGAUGAAGAUACGGAUGACUGGAAUAUGCAUGCCCUUGGUGUAGGUAGCCUUUCACCCAAGAAAGUAGAUGCAAAGUUCAAAAAAUGGAUCAAUAACUAUAAAUCAGGGAAGGAUCGUUCUGGUCAUAUUGUUCUUGAGCAUGAAUUAAAUAGUGUCACAGUUAACAUGUCUAUGUAUUGGAUGCCCAAGAUUCAAGAAACAUUUAAUGUCAUUCCUGCCUUAUCUUGUAAUGGUAUCUCACAACCCUAUUGGGAAGAGAACUUUGUCUAUCCUAUUCCCAAUACUCCUUCGAAACCUUCCACUCCUAUUUCUGGCACCUGUGCCUCUGGAUCUUAUGGCUUAGGUAAUGGUGAUGGUUAUAACGGUGCCUGCUGUAAGGAUCAAUCUGAUUGCUUAGAUGAUUGUAUCAGUGGAAAAUGCAAUGGUCCUGUUAACACGCAAACACCAACCAAAACCACUACUAAGAAAACAGCUACUACUACUACUAAGAAAACAACUGCUAAGAAAACAACAACUACUACUACUAAGAAAACAACUGCUAAGAAAACAACAACUACUACUACUAAAAAAACCACCGCAACAGUAGCAUCCGGUAGCUGUACUCCUGGUACUAGAGGAAAGAAGAAGGGUAACGGCAAGACAGGCUACUGUUGUUCUUCCAGUGAUGACUGUGUUGAAACUUGUAGAAGUGGCAGAUGUGGUCUCUAA